AUGAGCGCUCGGAUUCAGGCAUAUCGCUAGAUAUGACCGUUUUAUUUCCUUUAAUGGAAAUCGAGAUGGGGUAUAUCCGAAGGAACCGAGCGCAUUAGAGUACGCUGGAGCCUCAUCCAGCCAGCCCCCAAGAAGUAAGCGACCAGAAAGUAUACCCAAGGUUGCUCAUCCUGUAAUGCAAGUGAAGUGGUAAUGUGAUAGUGUAUGCGGGGUAUAAGGUAAUGGAAAGUGAUGAAGUGUUGUGUGGCGUGCAUGAAGAGACAGCCCAGCUACUAAAGGAGCACAUGAUACUGCACAUGCACUUCUUCCUCAGGCAGAAACUUCCAUCACGAUCCUCUUGCGAUCUUCUGUCUCAACCGCACGGCUGGGAGAUUAUUCCCAGAAUAUGCCAAAGCCAUCACAAAGUGCCAAGCGCUCUCAGGAUUGCUAGGGUGUUUCAGCCCUGCGGCUCCAUGUUCAUCCUCAUCUACGGCAUAUUGCGGAGUAAAAUGUACAAUAUGCCACGCUUCUGUGACAAGGGUUCAUAUGCUGUUGAGUCAGAGGAAGUCUGCAGGUGAAGCCCCUCAGGACACGCGGCCUGGCUGGCAGAAGGUCCAUAUUAAAUGAGGACCCUUAAAUUCAUCCCUGCCUUUCUUUGGAGUAAUGGCAUU